CUCUCUCUCUGUUCUUCUUCUUCCCUUUUCUUUUUCCAAAAUUUUCUAAUUACUGCCUGCGAGCCAUUGCUAUCAGGGUGAGAGAGAAGUAGGUGGAAAGCAAAGUCUCUCCCUCCCUCGCCCCCACUUUCUCACUUUCCUUCUCCCGCAAACUGACGACGAACAGAGAGAAAGCGUGUAGAGAGAGAGAGGGAGAGAGAGAGGGAGUAUUAUACUAUUGAGGGACAGACAACCACUACUCCAUCCCCUCCACCUAAUCCAUCCAUCACCAGAGAACUACCACGAGAAAGUUUUAGGGCUCCUCCGUAGGGAAAGUGCAGUUUUGGCUCGCGUAUAGGGUAGAAAGAAACGUAGAGCUUGGGGGAAUUAUUGUCUUUCCUUUUGUUGCGGUUCGAAAACCCUAGCGAAAGGGAAGGCAGAGAGGAGUUAAAGAAGGAAAGGAAUCGUUAUCGUCACUUGCUUGAUUGUGGUUUGCUUUCAUUGAGGACAUUCGAUUCCGAUCAGUGUGGUUCGGGUGGAGUGUAGAGAUCUCCCUCUUCCCGAUCUGCUUGGUCCGCCGCCCGGCCGAGUCGGGCAGCAAUGGGCAGCUCGGGUCGGAGGAGUUGAACACGGGAAUGUCCGGUGGCGGCGCGUCGUUGAUCCACCUCCGAAGCUGUGUCAAUGUCGGCUUCUUCAGCUGUUUUUGUUGAGCGUCCUAGACCUGCUACUUCCAACACGGUUUUUAAAAGUGGACCUCUGUUCAUAUCUUCUAAAGGACUAGGUUGGAAAUCAUGGAAGAAGCGGUGGUUUAUCCUCACACGCACAUCUUUGGUCUUCUUUAAGAAUGACCCGUUUGCUGUGUUUGAUUGCACCUGGUAGUGAAAUGAUUUGUAUUAAGUGCCUUACCACAAAAAGGCGGUGAAGUGAACCUAACUUUAGGAGGAAUAGAUUUAAAUAAUUCUGGGAGUGUGGUUGUAAGAGAAGAUAAAAAGUUGUUGACUGUUUUGUUUCCUGAUGGCCGGGAUGGGCGUGCUUUUACUCUUAAGGCUGAAACUUCAGAGGAUCUGUAUGACUGGAAGACUGCUCUUGAACUUGCCCUUGCACAGGCACCAAGUGCUGCUCUUGUUAUGGGGCAUAACGGGAUUUUUCGAAGUGACACUACUCAUCCUGUUGAUGGCUCUUUCCAUCAAUGGAGGGAGAAGCGUCCUGUGAAAUCAUUAGUUGUUGGAAGACCUAUUUUGCUUGCUCUAGAAGAUAUUGAUGGGAGUCCAUCUUUUCUUGAGAAAGCACUUCAAUUUCUUGAGAAGUAUGGAAUUAAAGUGGAGGGUAUUCUUAGACAGUCAGCUGAUGUUGAGGAAGUUGAUCAUAGAGUUCAAGAAUAUGAGCAAGGUAAAAAUGAAUUUGAAGCAGAUGAGGAUGCCCAUGUUGUUGGUGAUUGUGUAAAGCAUGUAUUGAGGGAGCUUCCUUCCUCUCCAGUUCCUGCAUCUUGCUGUGCUGCAUUGCUAGAGGCCUAUAAAAUCGAUCGUAAGGAAGCUCGGAUAUCUGCUAUGCAUUCUGUAAUUGCAGAAACAUUUCCUGAACCAAACCGGAGGUUAUUACAAAGGGUUCUGAAGAUGAUGCACACAGUCUCUUCUAAUGCUCAUGAGAAUCGGAUGAAUCCUUCUGCUGUUGCUGCUUGCAUGGCACCCUUGCUUCUGCGCCCCUUGUUAGCUGGCGAAUGUGAGUUAGAGGAUGAUUUUGACGCUAAUGGUGACAAUUCUGCCCAGCUUCUAGCUGCUGCAAAUGCAGCCAAUAAUGCCCAGGCUAUCAUUACAACUCUUCUUGAAGAAUAUGACAGUAUUUUUGACGAUGAAAAUCUGCAGAGAUGCUCUAUUUCGGCAGAUUCUCGGAUGGGAAACAGUGGAAGUGAAGACUCUAGUGAUGAUGAAAAUACAGAUAUGAAAAAUAACAAUUACCAUGAUGCAGAAAAUGAAGUAGACCAAGAAACAGAUGAUGAUGCUGCUGAGCGUGUGCUUAGUGGGAAACUGAGCGAAUCCAGUGGUUCUACUGGCACUGAUCUUUAUGAUUAUAAGGCUUUUGUUGGCGAUGAAUCAGGUGUCAGAUUACCCAUUGACAACCAUACUCCUGCCGAGAGUGCAAACUUAGUUACUGAACCUCCACAUGUUAGAGAUCCUGGUGCACAAUUUCUGGAGCUAAGCAAACAUAAAAAGGGAAAUGAAAAUUCAGUCAAUGAAACAGAUUCAUUGAGUGUUUUGCCUCCUGGUGAAUCUUACCGGUCAAUGGGAGAGAUCCUGUCUACAAUAGAUGCCGAGCCUCAGGUACCUAUAUCACCUAUUGAGUCAUUAGCUGAGAAGCCAGCUGGUAAAGCGACAGCCUCCAAUGCCAACGGAAAGCAGCGGUCAACAUUCUGGGGAAGAAGCAAUGGUAGAAAGACACCAUCUAUGGAGUCAGUUGAUUCUUCUGAAGAAGAGCUUGCUAUUCAGAGGCUUGAGAUUACUAAAAAUGACUUGAGGCACAGGAUAGCAAAGGAGGCUAGAGGUAAUGCAAUUCUGCAAGCUAGUUUGGAGAGAAGGAAACAAGCUUUGCAUGAGCGGCGCUUGGCACUUGAGCAAGAUGUCUCAAGAUUGCAAGAGCAGCUGCAAGCUGAAAGAGAUCUUCGAGCUGCAUUGGAAGUUGGUUUGAGUAUGUCUUCUGGGCAGUUGUCAAGUUCACGGGGCAUGGACUCUAAAACAAGGGCAGAGCUGGAGGAGAUUGCUCUUGCUGAAGCAGAUGUGGCCAGGCUGAAACAGAAAGUUGCUGAACUUCAUCAUCAGCUCAAUCAGCAGCGGCAGCAUCAUUAUGGUGCUGUAACUGAUGAUCGAUAUCAACAUGUCCAAAACCAUAAUCCGCAACAGUGAGUUUCCAAAAUCUUGGUGCCAUUCUAUUUUUUGUGCAUAACAUGGAGUUGACAAUGGAGGAAGAGGUUUACAUUAGCGAGAGAAAGGAAGUUGCGUUUAACCAUGAGUAUUGUGAUUAACCUUUUGAUCUCAGUUACUUCUUAUCAUACAAAGUGUAAGGUUCCAGACUGUUGAGAGCAUGGCUGCAGUGUAGUUUUUGCUAUUCAGUAUAUUAUGUUGCAAUCCCUUGUUUGAAAAAGACUAGUUUGAAAUUUUGCUGCUUGAUUAGAAUGUUGAGGAAUGGUGGUGCACCCAAGGAAGUGGAGAAUAGAUCCGGUUAAGUUUGCAAGGUUUCAAAGCUGUUGCUGUACUUAUUACUCCACCUCGUUUUGCAGGAGAUUUCUUCAGCAAGAUUUUGAUACAACCCUUGCUUUUGUAAAUCACGAAAGAAAACAGAGAACUGAGGAGGUUCUAUUAGGAGCUGGUUGGAGGAAUAAUGUUAAAGAAGCAGCUGGCAGCAGUAGCAGGCAGCCUAAUAAUAGAAAGCAAUAUAUGGAACCGACGACAAGCCUCAGUGACUCUAAAAGUACAGAGGAGGCUUCUGCAAACUUAUCCAUGGACGAGCUUUGUGGUGUUGUCGAUUCUGCUCCUACUUCAAGACCUGUAGAGGUGACAGAUUACACCAGACAUCCUUCAGCAGCAUCUUCUGCUUUAGUGGAACUGACGACACGCCUUGAUUUCUUCAAGGAAAGGCGGUCACAGCUCAUGGAGCAGCUCCACAAUCUCGAUUUGAACUACGGGACAACGACUUCUUCACAGGAUUUUGUGUAUACUAGGCCGCCAUCUUCUCCUCCAUGGAACUGACAGGAGGACGAGAACCUUCCAAUCAGCAGUGUUGUUGUACAUUCUCGGACUUCCCGUGUUUGCAUAUAGUUCUUUUUUUCUUUUCUCUAUCUCAAUUGUAUUCUUCUUCUUGCUCUCUACCGAAUCUAGCUAUUUUUCUUCCGAUACGUAUGUUUGUGUUCGCUCGAGGUCAGCAGUUGAUGGGGAGGGUGCUCGGUCUGCCCAUCUAUGACAGUACGAGAGUGUCUUUCCUUUUUGGGUUCUUUCUCCCUCCAGUUUUCUAUCCUAUUUCGGAAUUUCCCCUUGUUAUUUGAGAUAUGCUGUGUAUAUGGGAUGUUAUGCUUGUGGUCAGUUUCUAUGUGGUUCAGAUGAACAAUACUCACAAUAUUGAUGAAUGGUCCUUAAAGCUCUACUUUCUAUAUUCAUCCUUCUUGGUCAUUGUUGACACAUCUUUGUAAAGGAA